CAGCCUCAGCAUCCGCCGCUUCCCAGCAGAGGAACACGAGCGCGCUUGUCUGCGGGGAUUUUCUUUUUCUGCCAUGCUGGAAAUGUCUCAUGUCGUGUGUGUCCUCGUGCCGCUGCUGAUGCUCACGCGGUCCGCCUGCCAGGCGGACGGGAAGAGCGUCGAAGAGGCGGAAAAGACGGGGAAUUUCAUGGAGGACGAGCAGUGGCUGUCCACCAUUUCACAGUACAGCCGCAAGAUCAAGCACUGGAACCGCUUCAGAGACGAGGUUGAGGAUGAUUAUGUGCGUUCCUGGGAUGAAGAUCAAGGCUCUAAUGACAAUGUAGACACCACCAAGAACCCUUGUCAAAAGGUUAAGUGCAGCCGACACAAGGUGUGUAUCGCCCAGGGCUAUCAGAGAGCCGUGUGCGUCAACCGCAAGAAGCUUGAACACAGACUGAAGCAGCCCACUCUCCACUCUCCUAAUGGAAACUGUCAGCCCUGUCCCAUCUCGUCCACCGGGCCUGUGUGUGGAUCGGACGGACACAACUAUGCCUCAAAGUGCAAGCUGGAGCAGCAGGCGUGUCUUACAGGGAAGGAUCUCACCCUGAAGUGUUCAGGUCUGUGUCCUUGUCCAACCGCAGCUCCGGCAUCCAAGGAGGCGAAACAUGAGAGCUGCACCGGCCAGGAUCUGUCCGACCUCGGCGAGCGUCUGAGGGACUGGUUCCAGCUACUGCAGACCAACGCCAAGCAGAACAACAACAGCAAGCCUGGGGCCAGAACCGCUGCAGCCAGCACCACAUCAGUGCUGGACAGGAGCCUCGUCGCCAGCUGCAAGGACUCCAUCGGCUGGAUGUUUUCCAAACUAGACACCAACAAUGACCUGUACCUAGAUCAGGCCGAGCUGGCUGCCAUCAACCUGGACAAGUAUGAAGUCUGCAUUCGGCCUUUUUUUAACUCCUGCGACUCCUACAGGGACGGCAAGGUGUCCACUGCUGAGUGGUGCCUCUGCUUCUGGAGAGAGAAGCCGCCUUGCCUGGCUGAACUUGAAAAGAUUCAAGUACUGGAUGGUGGCAAGAGAAAGUUUGGUCGAUUUAUCCCCAGCUGCAAUGAAGACGGCUACUACAGGAAGCAGCAGUGUGACAGGGGCGAGUGCUGGUGCGCUGACCAAAACGGAGGAGAAAUUGCCGGAUCUAGGAUUCGUGGCAAACCAGAUUGUGAUUCUGAAAUGGCAUAUUCGGGAGAUUUUGGCAGCGCGGUCGGAUGGGAAGAUGAAGAGGAGAAAGAAGCAGAGGAGACUGCCGAAGAGGCUGAGGAGGAGGAGGGGGAGGUGGGAGAGGUGGACGAUGGGGGAUAUAUCUGGUGAAGGGUCAAGGUGUAACAAGGCCUCGCUACAGGAGCAUCUCUGUCCCCAAACACACACACACUUACACACACACACACAUCCCACAAGUCGAUGGACGGGAUGAAGCUGCUCACUCAGAACAACACCGAUUUAGGAAAACAUGAGGGAUAGUCAUGAGUAGUUUGGGUGGGUAAAGAUGCUUAUUUAUUGUCACAGGAUGUUCCUAAUUUGGGCAAAGGAAAGGGAUCUGUUAUCUAGAAAACGCGGGUCUGGAGUUACGGUUUUUGUCCUUUAUACUUGUGAAUCUCUGUUCUCUUUCGUUGUAUGUUGUUUAAACUCUCUCUGAGCUGUUUUUUAUCAGAUGCAUAACGGGAAUUUAAGAAGCUGCAGGUGCUUGCGUUAAAAAAGAGCUCACUUGUGUGCAUUUUAAUAGUCUACGUUGGAGUCUUUUCUUCACUUUAGUUGCAGAUUAACAACAUGUCAGAAACUAGGAUUGGUUUAUAAAACUGCCAGUCAAGAAAGGAAGCCACAUUAGACUAUAAUAAAGCACCCGUUGACUUUAUUGUUUUCAUGUCAUAUGCUUUUGCUCAUGUGUGACAGUAGUGCUCUGUCUCAUUCAUGACUUAUUAGGGUUUCUCACCCGUCACUCCUUAGCUUGUAUAUAAUGUGUGUAUCAGAAGACAGAAUGUCACUUACUAGUCAAUGCCUUGAAUGGCUGGCAGAUUAUGCUGCUCGGCUUACAAGUGUGCAUCAUAUCAUAAAGUGGAUCGGUUACUGUGUUUAAUAAAAAAAAAUGU